AUGGCAUCUGAGAUCCUAGUGAACCUACAUGAAGACCUGACCUGUCCCCUCUGCCUAGAGCUGAUGAGAGAUCCUCUGAGCCUAGAUUGUGGCCACAGCUUCUGUCAAGCGUGUAUCAUUAUGAACAACAAGGCAUCCAUGACCAGUUCAGAAGGAGAGAACAGUUGUCCUGUGUGCCGGAGCAUAUAUCGUUCUGACAACCUACGACCUAAUUGGCAUCUGGCCAAGGUAGUGGAGAGACUCAAGAAGGUCAAGGUGGAGGAGGGACAGAAGACAGAUGUCUGUGAGCGCCAUGGAGAGAAACUCCUGCUCUUUUGUCAGAAGGAUGAAAUGGUCAUUUGCUGGCUUUGUGAGCGCUCUCAGGAACACAAAGGACACCAAACAUUCCUCGUUGAAGAGGUUGUCCAGCAUUACCAGGCAAAUUUCAAGGCAGCUCUUAAAAGACUGAGGAUGCAGCAAAAGGAAGCUGAGAAGUUUGGAGAUGACAUUAGAGAAGAGAGAGCUUUCUGGAAGAAUCAGAUGCAGACUGAGAGAGAAAGAAUCCAGCAAAAGUUUGAUCAGCUGAGACACGUCCUGGACCAUGAGGAGGAGGAGGAGCUACAAAAGCUGCAGAAAGAGGAGGAGGAUAUCAUGUGUCAGCUGACAGAGGAUGAUAAUGAACUGGCCCAGAAAAGCCAGUUGAUAGCAGAACUCAUCGGCGAUCUGGAACGUCGCUUCCAGGUAUCAUCAGUAGAGAUGUUGCAGGAUGUGAAAGGCAUUAUAAAAAGGAGUGUGGAACUUACUGUGAAGAGGUCAAAAACCUUUCUCAAUGAACAGAGGAAAGGAUCCCAAGCUGUAGAUCUGAGGGGAAUUGUGCAAGCAUUUAAAGCGCUUAGAGUAAACAUGGAACUGACACCAGUGAACUCUCCUUCCGAUGUUGUCAUUUCUAAGGAUGGGAAACAAGCAAGACUAGUGGAGAAGCCAACACCUUCACAUCAUUCUGGAAACAUUUCAGGAAAUCCAGGCAACUUUUUGUUUAGUUUUGCCCACACUGGGCAUCAAAGAAAUAAGGGCAAUGUUUUAUCAUCUUCUUCCCUUAAGGACGUCAACAUUGGUCAUAAUCCUUUCUGUGGGUCUCUGAGGAUCAACUCAGGGAAACAUUAUUGGGAGGUGGAUAUAUCUGGGAAAACUGUCUUGAUCCUGGGAGUAUGCAGAGUCGCAAGAACUGAAGUCGAAACGGAGUUCGAUUUUAACCAAAGUGGCCUUCAAAAUGUUUAUUCCAAGUAUCUACCUACAUAUGGCUACUGGGUUAUCGGGUUACAGUCUCAGUAUAUUACUUUUGAAAAUGCUUCUUCCUCUAAACCUCAGAAUUUGAUCACUUGUCAAACCUUUCCUCCCUGUGGUGUUGGGGUUUUUAUAGACUGUGAGUCUCGCACAGUUUCGUUUUUCAAUGUCACAAAUCAUGGGUCCCUCAUCUACAAAUUCUCUAAUUGUUGCUUUUCUACAACGGUUUGUCCUUAUUUCAAUCUAAAGGAAUGUGCAAAUCCCAUGUCUCUGUGCUCACCAGGCUCCUGA